GGUGCAUUUCCCCUCCUACACCCCAAUCCGGAUGCAUUUCCUUUCCUGCAUCCCAACGUGGGUGCAUUUCCCCUGCUGCAUCCCGGUGCUGGUGCGGUUCCCUCGGUGCGGUUCUCUCGGUUUACGCAUCCAUGAAUAUUUGUACUUCCAAGUGCUGAGCCCUGGAGACAUCCGCUACAUCUUCACUGCCACCCCAGCCAAGGAUUUCGGUGGCGUGUUUAACACGAGGUACGAGCAGAUCCACCUGGUCCCGGCGGAUCCUCCGGAGGCCUGCGGAGAGCUCAACAAUGGGGUCUUCAUCCAGGACCAGAUCGCCUUGGUGGAGAGGGGGGGCUGCUCGUUCCUGUCCAAGACGCGAGUGAUCCAGGAGCACGGCGGGCGGGCCGUCAUCAUCGCCGACAACGCCUACGACAACGACAGCUUCUACAUCGAGAUGAUCCAGGACAGCUCCCGGCGCACGGCCGACAUCCCCGCGCUCUUCCUGCUGGGCAGGGACGGGUACAUGAUCAGGCGCUCCCUGGAGCAGCACGGGCUCCCCUGGGCCGUCAUCUCCAUUCCUGUCAACGUCACCAGCAUUCCCACCUACGAGAUGAUGCAGCCCCCCUGGACCUUCUGGUAGCAGCAAAAGGCUGUGGUGGAUCGAGGACUUCUGGUGGAUCCCAGGAUCUUGCCCUAAGAAGGACCAGGUUUGAGGAAAGGAUCCCAACAAGCUCCGGAGAUCUUUCUGCUGGCACCGGUGUGUGGCCACGGGCAAACACCAAUGCCAGGGGAAACCUCGAGCCUGGCACCAAGCUGUGACUGCGUGGGAGGGAGGUGAGGGCCCAGAGCAGGCCUGCACUCCCCAGGAAACAUUUGACCUUGUGCUGCUGCUUUGGAGGAAUGCAGGACUGGCAGGGAUGGGAGGAGAGCAAUACAGCCUUGGUCUGUACCGGCAGGGCUCACCCACUGUCUGUAUAUUUUUGUCUGACCUAAUGAAGUCUUAAGUUUUAGAGAAA